CGUAAAAGACAUACGCGGUGUAACGGACAUCCACUGACACGUUGGAUUCGAACCUGCGCUGAAUAAAUUAAAAACAUUAUUAAAAAAGUAAAUUCAUUCAUUCGCAGUUCCUCCAGAAGUUGGGUUCGGAACUCAGGGAGACCAAAAAAAACAAGCAAAGAAGCCCUUUCCAAGCCAUGGCUGUAGCAAAUGCUAUGUUUACGGGAGUGCAUGCUUCAGUCGGCUACUGCAGGCCCACGCCCUUGUUCGAAUGCAGGGCGGAUCCGUCGUCUGGCUCUGCGAAAUUCGAACAGUCAGACUUCAAAAGGAAGUCCAAAGCUGCAAAGGAUUUUGCGAGUGGCGUGACGUGCUCGGGAGCUUCGGGGCUUGUGAUAUUGAGGUUUCCGCCUAACUUUGUGAGGCAGCUGAGCAUAAAGGCCAGGCGAAACUGCAGCAAUAUUGGCGUGGCGCAGAUCGUUGCGGCUUCUGUCACGAAUGUUCCCCUUACCGGGGACACCACGGGUGUCGCUUGUAAUAAUAAUAGUGUACAGAUCGAUAGCGCUUUGCUGCAGCCAGCUUUGGCUAAAGCGUCUGGAACCCUUGCCGUUCAUUCUGGGGAAAAGUCGGGGCGUGCUAUAGUCACUGAUGCAAUUGCCACUCCUAUUGUUCAGACAUCAACUUACACUUUCAAAGACACAGCUGAAUUAAUUGCAUUCCAGGAGGGUAGACACAUGAGUUAUGAAUAUGGACGCUAUGGAAAUCCUACCACUCAGGUUGCAGAGGAAAAAAUCAGUGCACUUGAGGGAGCAGAGACAACCUUAUUAUUGGCCUCAGGUAUGUGUGCUACCACAACCAUGAUGCUAGCAUUGGUACCAGCUGGGGGACACAUUAUAACUACCACUGAUUGUUAUCGACGGACCAGGCAAUUCAUCCAGACGGUACUUCCAAAAAUGAGAAUCACAGCCACAGUAAUUGACCCUGCAGAUAUUGAUUCUCUCAAGCUAGCAUUGGAGAAAAACAAUGUUUCUUUAUUUUUCUCUGAGAGUCCUACAAACCCUUAUCUUCGAUGUAUUGAUAUUGAGCUAGUCUCCAAGCUCUGCCAUAGAAAGGGUGCAUUGGUUUGUAUAGAUUGUACUUUUGCAACUCCUGUUAACCAGAAGGCCUUGGCACUUGGUGCAGACAUUGUACUGCACUCAGUGACAAAGUAUAUUGCUGGUCACAAUGAUGUUCUGGCAGGCAGUUUGAGUGGUUCAAAGAAUGUUAUUGGCGUAAUACGUGCCUUGCAUAAUGUUAUGGGAGGUGUUCUAAGUCCAAAUGCUGCUUACUUGAUCCUUCGUGGCAUUAAGACUUUGCACCUUCGUGUACAGCAACAGAAUUCGACAGCUAUAAGGAUUGCCCGUACUUUAGAGGCACAUCCUAAGGUUACUCGUGUGCAUUACCCUGGCCUUGAAAGUCAUCCAGAGCAUCACAUUGCCAAACGACAAAUGAGCGGAUUUGGCGGUGUGAUCAGUUUUGAGAUUGCUGGAGACUUGGAGGCUACCUCCCGUUUUAUUGAUUCACUAAAAAUUCCUUACAUUGCCCCUUCUUUAGGAGGCUGCGAAAGCCUUGUAGAGCAGCCAACCAUUAUUUCUUACUGGGACCAGAGCCCUGCAGAGAGAGCCCGUAUUGGUAUUAAGGACAAUUUAGUUCGGUUUAGCUGUGGUGUGGAGGACUUUGAAGACAUUGAAAAUGAUAUCUUACAGGCUUUGGAAGUCAUAUAGUGGUGUAGGGUAUUAUCUUUGACCUAAGUGGAACUAAUCUGGCUCUCUUUUGCGUUUGAUGACAUCAAUAAUUUUUGCUUAUGGUUAAACAAACAUUAUUGAUGGCAAAGCGUUCAUCAUUGAAAGGAAAUGGUGAACUUUGUCAAGCUUUUAUUCGUUACAGGCUCUGGGAGUGGUAAUUUUUAUUACAACAGGUUAUUUCUGAAUUUCAUCACAAGUGUUUGUAACUUUGUAGCACUAGGCAUGAAAUAAAAAGAGGGGCAUUAAUAGAAAAAAAUCUCUUUAAAUUUUUAGCUAAAACUAAAAGUGAAUUCAUAACA